AUGUCUGCUCCAUCGGUCACAACGCUCGUCUCGGCCGACUACACCCCCGGAUCCCCUCGCACCAAGAAGCCCUCUGUUCGUCAGCGCGCUGGAAACCGUAGGCCCAUGACGAACGUCUUCUUCCAGAAGAAAGGAGGAAAGGCGCAAACGAUCUUCUCCAUGACCGCAACAACCAAGGGUUUGACCCGUUACUCUUCAUAUGCCCGCCAGUGCAUUGAACGUCCGGGUGGCAGUCUCCAAGCAGGCGCUUUGCGCCUCGAGCUCCGAGCGGCUGGCGAAAAGGAGGCCGGGGUCGUCCUGAAAUACAUGGACGACAACGCGGACGUCGCCAACCCCGCGCUUCUUCGACUUCCUGCUGAAGAGACAUUAGAGUACUACAUCAAGGUCUACGAAGUUGUCGAAAAGCUUGAGUUUCCGCGAAGCCUCCACACUAUCCGCCAAGCCAUCCUGGAAUGGAUCACGUUCCACCCUCUGGAUAUGGCCGAGAUCAAACUGAUUUGCACCACCUUCCCCGCUGAGCACGGGAUUGUCCAUCGCAUGCUCCACUCCAUCCCUCAUCUGCAAGCUCAGGGAUUCAUCGCGGAAGAGGACCACACCAUGAUGGUCGCGAUGAUAGGCCGAUUCCCAAAGGUUCAAGCGCUGAACGAGGCUCUUCACCAGAAGAAACAGAUGUCCCUCCAACGUAAGGCUCGCGGCGCUUCAUACAACUACACCACGUCUUCUACUGGCUGGACAAGCCGUGCCCAAAAUGCGAAGCACUACGUCGACGUUGCUGGGUCUUCCAACCCUGGAAAGAGCAUGGCAAAAUCCAAGCCUCUGCAGGCCAGCAACGCAAAGAGCAAUGGCCACAAGGCAGUCGGGAAACUUCAGCAGGGAGUCAAGUCGACUACACAAAAGUGA